AUGGAGAUGGUGUGCCUGCACGCAGUGCUGAUCCCCGUGCAGUGCGUCGCUGCCGUACCUGGCCAAGCAGACCUCCCUGCAGGUGUCCCUCCGGGACCCCAGGGGUGUGAUGGUCUGACGGGGUUGGUAGAAGAGCAGGUCCACAUUUGCCAGUGGCAGGUGGAAGCCAUGGAUGCAGUGAGGCAAGGUGUGGAGCUGGCUGUCCAGGAGUGCCAAUACCAGUUUCACUCUCGCUGCUGGAACUGCUCCACCCUGAAGGGGCUGCAGGUCUUUGGCAAGGUGGCCGUCCAGAGCACAAGGGAGGCUGGUUUCAUCCACGCCAUCUCUGCUGCUGGCAUUGCUUUUGCUGUGACUUGUGCCUGCAGCCACGGGGAGAUGGAGAAGUGUGGCUGCGACCGCAAGGUCCGAGGAGCCAGCCCUGAAGGUUUCCAGUGGUCGGGCUGCUCCGAUAACCUGUCUUAUGGGCUUGCCUUCUCUCAAGCCUUCGUGGGCAACCCAGAGAGGAGCCAUGGUGUCUCCUCCAGCCAAGCACUCAUGAACCUGCACAACAAUGAGGCUGGGAGGAAGGAUCUCUUGACCCACAUGAAGGUGGAGUGCAAGUGCCAUGGUGUGUCAGGCUCCUGCGAGGUGUGCACAUGCUGGAAGGUCAUACCUUCCUUCCGCAAGGUGGGCAACAUCCUCAAGGAAAAGUUUGAGGGGGCAACAGAGGUUUACCCGAAGUGGAUCAGCCAGGGAGAUGUCCAGAGGUGUCGCCAGCUCCUGAGUGCUCCCCACACAGCACCCUCCCGCCAGCCUCAGUGGGCUUUCUGUGGUUUGAAUUAA